CAUGAACAGAUCAACCUCAAAAAAGAAGAAGGAGCAACCACCCGAACUACCACCAAAGCCCAAUCCUGCUACUAAACAACAACCGCCUCCUCCAGUACCUCCUUACCCUGCAGAAUUAGCCACAGACAUUCCAACAAAAUACAGUUCCGGAACAGGAGAUUAUUAUCACUUUGCACCUACUUCAAUACCCGUAACCUUACCAACUGGUCAUUAUAAGACCUCUUCGAUUGAUAACAGUGAUGCAUCUUUGGGUCACCGCUACCCUCAUCUCCAACAUACAAAAAGCCCUUCUUUCGAUAUGGCCUAUUCGGCUCCAGGAUAUCGUGAAGGAUACUUGGCUGGGUACAACGAUUUAGAGGCUUCUUCUAAUAGAAAUAUUUAUGGUGCUAGACCAAUUUGCUAUGAUAGAGUAGAAUCUCCAAAAAGUGAGAAAGGUACGAAGAAGAAAAGAGGAAAGCUAACAAAAGCAAGAACCAUGCACACGGAACCCGAAAAAGACAUGGAGCUGUAUAAUCUACAACUGACUGGUCAACGCUCCAUUUAUAGACCUAUGAACAUACAAGACGUAACCAGGCCAAGAAUAAUGACGGGGUCUCAAGGGGGUUAUUCCACUUGUGGGCGGAAUAGCCUAAGUUCGAUGAUUCCCACUUCGAACUACUUUAAAAGAUCUCAUACAAGCAGUCCUAGAACAGUCAUGGGAGUUUCAAGGAAUUAUCCUGGAGUUGGUGGAAGUAAUAAUUUCUUAAUCGAGGGAACGCCACCUCAUGAUCCUCCACCUCCAGACGUAGCUCAUCAUGAUUUAAUGACUCAAUUGGAUGCUGUUUUAUCAAAAAAGCCUGUUAAAAAUUGUGAAAGAACGACUGCAAUAAUGAACCAUAAUAAUUCCUUCACAUCCUCGAGUUCAUACGGAAGUGCAGAAUCGGAGAAAGGUCGAGUUUGUGAUAUUAGCCCUGGCUCUACUUUACAUGAUUUCGCUCACAUGGAAGUGCAAGCUAAUAUGAUGUCAACUUCCGUCCCAACCGCCCCCCGAGAGAUUUUUAAUCCAACUUUUAGAUCCGCUUCACCGACCCGCUCAAAAUUUUCCUCACCCUCUAUGUUUUCGAUGCAAUCGAUGCAGAAUUCGCUAUUUAAUUCUGAAAGGUCGUCGAACAUCUACGGAAAUCGAAUUCCUCAAGGGAAAUUGCCGUUUAGACCAUUAGCUUUCGAAGUUCCCAAACUGGAAAGGGUUUCGAACUUUAUCGGAAGGGAAUGGCUAUUCAGAGACAUCGACGGGGCAUUAACAAAUGAGGAUCUGUCAAAGAAUCGAGGCGUAAUGAUAACAGCUAGCGUUGGGGUGGGGAAGACGAGUUUAGCAGAAGUGCUGGUAAAUUACAGCUGUAGUGGGUCGCAUUUGCCAAUGCUAGUCCACUUGAAUGACAAAGAGCAUAAUCACACGGGAACUUUAAAGAACAGUACUUCUAUACUUUCAUCAAGUCUUUCUUUAUCAUCAAGGGGAGCGAUACAUGCCUCUAAUUUAAGUUUAGCUACAUCCUUCGAUCCUUUACAUUCCCUGGCCAGCCGUUUAGUAGGAUAUCAUUUCUGUCAGGCUGAUAAUAGUCCAACGUGCCUGGUUCCUGAAUUUGUGCAUACUCUAGCCAGUCAAUUAUCUAGUUCGCCACACCUGGUUGCCUAUAAGUCUUACUUAUUAGCUGAAUCAAAAAACCAGGACAUACUCUCCUUAGAAUCUUGUACAAAAAAUCCAUCCAAAAGUUUGCUGCAAGGCAUACUAGAGCCCCUCAAGAGGCUCGCUGUUGGAAGAAAGAUAAACGUUGAUAACUAUUAUAUAAUAAUAAUUGAUUCUCUCUCUGAGGCAGAAUAUUACAAACCUGAUUAUGGCCAAACUAUUGCUAGUUUGUUGGUAAAACAUGCUUUUGAUUUUCCUGUUUGGCUAAAGGUUAUAGUAACUGUAAGGACAAAUUAUGGGGAAAUUGGUAAAGAUUUACCAUAUACUAGAAUUCAUAUGGAUAAGGCGAUGGAACACUUGUACAAAGACACUUUUGCCUAUACUUCUUAUAGAAUUCAGCAUGCUACUAGUCUACAGCAAAACAUUUUGAGUGGCGCUCAGUUAGAUUGCAAAGAUAUGAAUAAUUAUGAACCCUUUAUAAAUCACAUUGCGGUUGUUUCAAAAGGUUGUAUGCUAUAUGCAAAAAUGAUAUUGGACUUGAUACAGUGUGGAAAAUUGACUGUAAAAGCAUCUUCGUAUAGAACUCUACCUCAAACUAUCACUGAAAUAUAUCAGUUACAAUUUAAUCUUAAAUUUACAACAGUUAGAGCCUACGAAAGGGUUGUUAUGAUAUUAAAUACUUGUUCAACCUCUCUUUACCCGCUGACUGUUCAAGAAGUUAGGGAGUGUAUUAAUAGUUGCUUGUACAAUAAAAUUGUUGGAUUAGAGGAUAUUUUUCAAGCUAUUCAAGAUCUUGGUGAAUUUAUUGUUAGUCGAAAGUGCGAUGAAAGACUACAAUUCGUUCAUCAGAGUUUCAAAGAAUGGCUAAUUUCGCUUAGAUCCGACUCAUCGAACCCUAGUCGCUUUGCUUUGGAUUUAAAGAAAGGCCAUGCUGCCCAUGCUUUGAGGUUAAGUAGGUGCGCAAAGGCCUUACCUCUGAAAGCUGCUCUAUCCCUUGAAUUAGGGCAUCAUAUUCUAAAAGCUCAUAUUUAUAAAAAUUUAAGUAAAUCCUUAGGGUUUAACACUAGGGAUACCCAAGCUUUCUGGUUGACAUUAAGCUCCGAAUCCUUAACGGCCGCCUUAUCGCAUCUUUCAAAUGUCUAUGCUCCGAAUGUUAAGGUUUCUCGGCUGCUACUUUUGGCAGGAGCUAAUCCCGAUGCCCUGAUAAGCGGAUCGCCUAUGUUGUGCAUUUGUUCAGCAUUGGGCUAUUUUGAGAUGGUGAAAACUCUUUUGGAAUUUGGAGCUACCAUCAAUUCUAGCACAGAUACUGGAGAAAGUGCUCUUUGUUUAGCAGCGUGUAAUGGUCACGUUGACGUUUUAAGAUUGUUAUUAAGUCAGAAUGCUAGGUUGAUCCACAAGGACGAUAAAAAUUAUUGUGCCCUUGUUCAUGCUUCAGCUAAUGGACACUUAGAUGCAGUUUCACUGCUGUUACAAUGUGAUUGGUCCAGUUUCGGUAAUGAUAUUCUCCUACAGAGACUUCAGUGUGCUCUAGUCUCAGCAUCUUCUGGAGGUCAUCGCAAAAUAGUUGAAUAUGUACUAAAUUGCAAAGUCCUACCUCCGGGUCAAGUAUUAGAUAUCAAUGCUACUGAUCAGUUACAACAAAGCACUGCUUUAUCCAGUGCCUGCCAGUAUGGGCAUCAUGCUCUUGUUGAUCUUCUUUUGAGCAAAGGAGCCCGAAUAGACGUUCUAAACGGUGAUGGUGAGAGUUCUCUCCUUGUAGCGGCCAAAAAUGGGCAUUGGCAACUAUUAGAAAAGUUUCUGAUGGACUCUAGCUGUUCCAUCGAGGAAAGAAAUAACAGAGGAGAGACUGCUCUUAUGCUCGCAGCUGCAAACGGACAUGUUGGAGUUGUUGAAGUUCUUUUAGAAAAAGGCGCAUCAACACUAACCAAGGAUCUCAAAGGACAAACAUGUCUGAUUCAUGCAUGCCGUAACAAUCAAGUAUCGGCUUUGAGAAAACUUAUUCAGGCAAAAGUUGACUCAGAUGUCGUUGAUAACAAUGGCUGCGGUUUAUUACAUUUAGCGGCCGCUACAAAAACGCCUUCCUCUGAGAUGAUGGAUUACUUGUUGGAACAAAAUUGUAAUAUGGAAGAGUCAAAUAACGAAAAUCUACGACCACUUGAUGUUGCUGUAAAAGAAAAGAAUGUGUCAGCAAUUGUAGCUCUAUUAAGGAAGGGGGCUAAGUUAUCGAGUGUUACUUGGUCUUUAGCAGAUGGCGAAGCUACUCUGCUCCUCUUACACAAAUUACUGCAAGAUGCUCACAUUUUAUAUAAGAAAGGGCGAAUCGAGGAAGCUGAGCAUCGCUACAACUAUGCCCUUAAAAAGGCUACCCCUGCUACGGCUGAAGAGGAUAAUAGCCAACUCCAUGAACUUCGUUUCCAGAUAUUACUCAAUCUAAGUAGAUGUAGAAGGAAAAUGGAUGAUCCCCAAACGGCAAUUGAAUAUGCAACGAAAGCUGCCCACCUCUCACCGUCUAGCUUUGAAGCUUAUCAAGAACGCUGUAGGGCUUACAGAGACGCAAGACACUUGCAAGCAGCAGUGGCCGAUGUCCAAAUGGCAUUAUCCAUUGCUCCGUAUAAUGAACGAUUACGUCAUUUGCUGGCCGCUUUGGAGCGAGAGGCCGGCGAUGAACGCUCUACGGGAGUUCCCGACAUAGUUCCUCUAAAAGAUGCUUUUUAG